AAGAGUUGGUGAAUUGCUGGGUCUCCCCUUUCAUUCAUUUUCUGGAAAUAAGUAGACAAUGAAAUAAUUAACUGCAACCUAAUAUAAUGGCAUGGUCUCAGGAGCCGCUUGCCACUACUUAUUUACAUGGAAUAAUGGAGUAAUAGCCUCCUAAAAUAGUGCAACUAAUUAAUUAUGAAAUCAUCAAACUUGGCUGGUAAUCUCCGCACUCUAGGUGCACUGUCUGAGUCAUGACUUGCGUGGCUCUCCCUUGUAACAGCUGCUCCGAGCAGCAGCUUGGAGUUCCGCGAGCAAUUCCUCAAACCCCACAACACGGCUCGCUAUAACGUGAACAAGCGCUUUAGCUGCGGACGAGGCCCACUCGGGAACCUAAAAUGGAACACGACCGUGGCGGCCUACGCGGAAGAGUACGCUCGGAAUAUGUCCCGCCCCAACGUAGACUGCUCCAACCUUGUCCACUCCGGCACCGACAUUUACGGCGAAAACCUGGCUUGGUACAGCGGCGAGAUGAGCCCGGAGGAGGCGGUGAAGAUGUGGGUGGAUGAGAAGAUAUACUACAGCUACAAUCAAAAUUCUUGCGCGGGUGGGCAGAUGUGCGGACAUUACACUCAGGUGGUUUGGCAGACGACGAGGUUUGUGGGAUGCGCUAAGGCUCUGUGCAACAAGAACAAGCUGGAAAACACGUCUGCCACCUUCAUCACGUGUUACUAUUAUCCUCCGGGCAAUUAUUAUGGAGAGAGGCCUUACUAAUUGCAGUUAUUAUUGCCCUAAAUAUGAGUAAUUGUUGCUUAAAUUCCUAAACAGGACUUGUGCUCUAAAUAAUUGUCCUACCUAAUCAAAGUCAGUCUGUCAGUGACGGGUAGUCCGAGAGUGAUAGCGGGUGAGCUCGAGUAGAGAUCUGUGGUGGAGCCAGUGGUCAGGGGUCUAGCGGCGACAGCAGGGGUGACCAAGCUCCAAAGCUAUUUUCUUCCAACUAUAUAUAAUACUACCUCCAACUAUAAUCUGUGUUGGAUUAAUAAAGUAAAAACUGUGUUGUUGAAUUUUGUGAAGAGGAG